GUGGGGAAUAUUAGCGUUCAAGGUCGUCCAUGCGCGCACAUAUCUGAAUCAUAACGUUGUUUCGUGUCGGGCAUAGAGUGUGUUAGAAUAACAGUAGGCUACAACAAUUACACCUCAAAUGGCUUUACAUGUGGGUACCGACCUCCUUUCAUGACUUAACCUAGAGAAAAUCGCAGGACGGUUUGUGAGCCUCGAGCAUCGCUUUGACCGAACGUCCGAUCCUCCUGUUUGUUUCUACAGAGCGUUGUGUCCCAUAAUGCUUGGCGAGAUUGACCACCAAGAUGGCUGACGUUAUGGAUGAAUAUGAGAAAGAAGCUGGCUGUGUUCCUAUUCUUCAUCCAGAGGAACUCAAGCCCCAGAGUCACUAUAACCAUGGCUACAGUGAGAAUGUGGGGCGCAAGAGCCACGUGGAUGACUACAGUACCUGGGACAUCGUCAAAGCCACGCAGUAUGGGAUCUUUGAGCGCUGCAGAGAGCUGGUGGAGGCAGGCUAUGACGUUCAGCAGCCGGACAAAGAGAACGUCACACUCCUGCACUGGGCCGCCAUCAACAAUAGAAUAGACUUGGUCAAGUACUACAUAUCAAAGGGGGCGAUGGUGGACCAGUUGGGAGGUGACCUCAACUCCACACCACUGCAUUGGGCCACAAGACAGGGCCACCUCUCCAUGGUGGUACAGCUGCUGAAGUAUGGGUCCGACCCCUCGCUCAUCGACGGAGAGGGCUGCAGCUGUGUCCACCUGGCUGCCCAGUUCGGACACACCUCCAUCGUGGCCUACCUCAUCGCCAAGGGACAGGAUGUGGACAUGAUGGAUCAGAAUGGAAUGACUCCCUUGAUGUGGGCAGCUUACAGGACACACAGCGUGGACCCCACCCGGCUACUGUUGACCUUCAACGUGUCGGUCAACCUGGGUGACAAGUACCACAAAAACACGGCUCUGCACUGGGCCGUGCUGGCCGGCAACACUACAGUCAUCACCCUGCUGCUGGACUCCAACUCCAAUGUGGACGCACAGAACAUCAAGGGUGAGACGCCGCUGGACCUGGCCAAGCAGAGGAAAAACGUCUGGAUGGUCAACCAUUUACAGGAGGCUCGGCAGGCCAAGGGCUACGACAGUCCUGGCUACCUGAAGAAGCUGAAGAUGGACAAGGAGUUCAGACAGAAGAUCAUGUUGGGGACCCCCUUCCUGGUGAUCUGGUUGGUGGGCUUCAUCGCUGACCUGGACAUCGACUCCUGGCUCCUCAAGGGCCUCAUGUACUGUGGCGUGUGGGUCACUGUGCAGUUCCUCUCCAAGUCUUUCUUUGACCACUCCAUGCACAGCGCCCUGCCCCUGGGAAUCUACCUGGCAACCAAGUUCUGGAUGUACGUGACCUGGUUCUACUGGUUCUGGAUUGAUAUCCUUUACAAUAAGAGUCUCCUGGUUUCCUCUGCCUUUUCUCAUUCCAACCAUGAUACAUCAAUGAGCUGCUGUGCUGUACAAGGACCUUUCGUUUACAGCGCCACCUGGCAAGACAGCUGUGUGUGUCAAUAUUCACCUCCUAACAAUCAGUUCUUUCAUCAGGGAGGUAGGUGGCUUCUGGGAAUUGAUGGGUUUUGACUGAGAGCAAAAGUG